GAGAGGCCUCAACCCUCCCCAUAGAGUCAAGUCUAUCUCCAUGACAACCUUCUCCCAACAGGAAGUGGAAUUCCUGCAGAACCAUGGCAACGAGGUCGGGAGGAGGACUUGGCUGUGUGUGUUUGACCCAAAGACGGACGGCUGCUCCGACAUGAAGGACUCUCAGAAGUUCAAAGAGUUCCUCCAGGACAAAUAUGAAAAGAAAAAUGGUGAGGAUUUUGAUUCAUCUGCGAGUAUUAAUUGUGCUUUUUAUACUUCAUGCUCCGUCUUUUGCAGGCAUUUUUCCAAAAGUAAGAACCGCAGGGAUGUGGAGGGUCCUUGGAGUCCUGGGGUCCAGGCCGUGCCCCCUUCCCACGGUCCCUUAGCGAGCCAGGCCCCCACCCAUAACCUGCCCCACAACGCCAGAGCCACAAGGCCACUGUCUCAGUCCCAGCUGCCGUCAUGGGAUCGAGCGCCUGCGAUCUCGCCUGCCGACAUGCGGACGGACGUGUUCACCGCUCGGCCGUCGCGCUCCCAGAGCUUCAGAGACCCCCCUCUGAAAGAUCCCACCCUGUGCGGGAUAGAGAGACAGCGGCCAGGCUCCCUGUCGUCAGCGCUGGGAGCUCAGAGCCACGCCCCCUCCUUCCCCGCCCUCCCACGACCAUCAGCCAGUAGCUCUUUCAAAAACCACUUCACUUUAGGUCGCACAGUAUCGGCCUCGGGGGCCACGGGGCCCUUCAGGGCCUUUCCUAAGUCUCUCAGCGUGGACUUUGGAGGUCUGAGCCAUCCUCAGCCACAGCCUCUGCCCCAGUCUCUGUCCCAGCAGCAGCAGCAGCCUGCCAGCGUCGGCCAGACGACGCCACCGAUCAGCAGCUCCAACGCCCAGGACAGGUACGCUGCUGUGUCCCACCUGGACAGCGUCUUCUCUGAAACAUCGUCGACCACAGCGCCACCUGGUGGUCCUCCGCAGUACAGCGCCAUCUUUGGCAGCAGGCUUUCAUCCAGCUCUACUCCUGCCAGUUCCCCCGGUGUCGAUACGGUCUCCAGCUCCCAAACCUUUGCAAAUUUCCCCAACCCAUUCAGUUCCAGCUCCAGCUCUGCCUCCCAGCAGCCUGUUGCCCUCUCCCCCAGUAACCCCUUCAGCAAUGCCUCAGGAGGUGACUCCAGUGCGUUUGUCACCUCGCCCACCUCUGUGUUCCCUCCGUCCGCCUCCUUCCCAGCGCCCGCCACCCAGAAUGCAUUUCCUCAUGAGUCAGCCAGUAACCAGGAAGCCAACGGUUUUGCCUCCUUCCCUGCGUCCGACUCUCAGCCCAAAGUCCCCCGGCCGAUGUCGGUGAACCCGUUUACCGGGAAUGUUUACCCCAGUCGAGGGACGUCGCGAAACCCUUUCAUCUGACCCCCACCACCACCACCACCGCCGCCGCCGCCCCUCCCCUCCCCUCCCUCACUUCUCCUUACUUCACCCAACCCCGUCCAUCUCUGGGAACCCGAGGGAGAAGUGAACUUGAGGAGUCGCUGCCAUUUCAAUGCCUCUGGAGUAUUUUCACCCCUCUGAGGAGAGGGUUUGACCCUCCCACUCCCCCUCCUCCCCCUCCUCUCUGUCUGUGUUUACGUGUUUGUGGAGGAAAAAAAAAUGUGUGAAUGUAAUUAUAACUAAUGUGUGUGUGUGUGUGUGUGUGUUUGGGAGUGUUAGCCUGCCGUGUUUGUACCACGAGACAAAACGUCAAAAGGUGUUUGUGUGUGCCAGUUAGACGCCACCUCAGGGCUCUGUGGGAGUCACGAGUAAAAACGACGCCUCUUAUGAUUUUUUGCAGAAAAAAAAACCACACACACACACUUAAUGCACACAUAUAUUACACACGUCGCUGCUGCUGCUACUUUGCUUUCAUCUCCUGCUAAAAAAGUGCAAAAAACCAGCCCGCCAGUAAACACAUCAGUGUCGUCCUCUGCUUUAAAAGUCUCAGUCGUCCAAAGGAAAAGCCAGUCGAGACUCUGACCCUGCAUCAUGAGUUUCUACAGAUGGUUAUAACCGCCUUAACAGCCUCCUGAUGCAUGUGAAUUAGCGUCGAAAGAUAACACAGGCUUUUCUCUGUAAUGGGUUUACGUGUGUCUGCAUUUGUCACCGUUUUAUCGUCAGGGUUUUCCUUUUUUUUCUGAAGGAUAAUCUAUGUUUUCCACUCUCAGGCUGCAUGCGCUUAGAGGGCUAAAAGGAGAUGCUACUGAAUGUAAAAGCAAUUUCAGAACAACUUAACGUAAAUGUGUAUGAUAACUUCAUCGCUCCAUGUGCCGGACCAAAAUGUUCUCUCGCUGUUUUUUUUGUUUGUUUGUUUUCGGUUGACAUGGAAGUUUAAAUUCCUUUAUUUUGCCAAAAAAAAGGAGAAAAAAGAGAAGAAAUUCAUGUAACAACGUCUUUGUAAUGACAAGUAUUCAUGUUCAUAAAAUCAGUUUGUUGCUUCUUAAAA